CCGCGAGCUUCGAAAGGGCGGGAAAGGCAGUUGGAGCGGUAGGGCCGAACGGUUACUCACUCCAUGGCUGCUGAAAGGAGAGGCAGCGGCGGCCUCGGCUGAAGAAAGAAGGUGGGAGCGGAGAACGCAGGCGUGGUUGCAGACCCUGACGGAUUUGCUUUGGGAGCCGGAGUAGCUGCUGCCACCGGAGUCGGGAGCCAUGAGCGGGUUUAAUUUUGGAGGCAGUGGGGCCCCCACAGGCGGGUUCACAUUUGGCACUGCAAAGACAGCAACAACCACCCCUGCCACCGGCUUUUCUUUCUCUACGUCCGGCACUGGCGGGUUUAGUUUUGGGACUUCAUCCCAGCCUGCGGCAAGUGCCCCGUCUACCAGCCUGUUCUCGCUCACAACCCAAGCGCCAGCAGCACAGACCUCCGCGUUCAGUUUUGGAACCACGGCGCCUGCCACAGGAGGAACUGGGUUUUCCUUAGGGAUCAGCGCUCCAAAGCUGAAUCUGAGCAAUGCAGCUGCCACCUCAGCCACAGCCCAGCCCAGUGGCUUCGGGCUUGGGAGCAGCACCCUCACCAACGCCAUCUCAAGCACCGUCACCUCCAGCCAGGGCACAGCACCCACCGGCUUUGUGUUCGGCUCUACCACCACCUCUGCUGCUCCAUCCAGCACACCAGGGGGCUUUUCCUUCACAGGUGGAAGCACGUCCCAGACCGGAGGGACCUCCACUUUCAACAUCGGCUCCAUGGGGAGUUCCACCCAGCCCACGACACUUGGUGGGUUGGCCUUCACUCCAGCCACACCGGCAGCAACUGGAGCAGGAGCCACACAGCCAGCUGCUCCCACACCCACUGCUGCCACCUCCAGUGCUGGGCCCACACUCUUUGCCUCGUUAGCUACUGCUCCAACCUCGUCUGCCACCACCGGGCUCUCCCUUGGUGCCCCAGCAACCACAGCUGGAACAUCUGGGACUGGAACGCUGGGCUUCAGCUUAAAGGCCCCUUCUACCACAUCCACAGCUACAUCCACCGCCGCUGCCACCACCACCAGCAGCUUUGCCUUGAAUCUAAAACCCCUGGCAACAGCCGGGAUCGUCAGCAGUGCGCCCACCGCUUUAACUGCUCCGGCUGGCCCCAGUGCAGCCAGUGGGGUGUCCACCAGUCCAGUGAUGACCUACGCCCAGCUGGAGAGUCUGAUCAACAAGUGGAGCCUGGAGCUGGAGGACCAGGAACGGCACUUCCUGCAGCAGGCCACACAGGUCAACGCCUGGGACCGCACACUGAUCGAGAACGGGGAGAAGAUCACUGCCCUCCACCGAGAGGUGGAGAAGGUGAAGCUGGACCAGAAGAGGCUGGACCAAGAGCUUGACUUCAUCCUGUCGCAGCAGAAGGAGCUGGAAGACCUGCUGAGCCCCCUGGAGGAGUCAGUGAAGGAGCAGAGUGGGACCGUCUACCUGCAGCACGCCGACGAGGAGCGCGAGAAAACCUACAAGCUGGCCGAGAACAUCGACGCGCAGCUGAAGCGCAUGGCCCAGGACCUCAAGGACAUCAUCGAGCACCUGAACACGUCCGGGGGCCCUGCCGACACCAGCGACCCACUGCAGCAGAUCUGCAAGAUCCUCAAUGCACACAUGGACUCCCUGCAAUGGAUUGACCAGAACUCGGCCCUGCUGCAGAGGAAGGUGGAGGAAGUGACCAAGGUGUGUGAGGGGCGGCGCAAGGAGCAGGAGCGCAGCUUCCGCAUAACGUUCGACUGAACCCAAGGCUGGCUGCAGGGCCCGAGGAUUCCAAGGGUGUUCACUGGGGGGUACACAGUUAUUGUCUAGCUUUUGUUUGCGAUGAAGUAGUUGUUUGAUGGUCUGUUUCUUUCAAACAAUUGUGCUGUUGAGAGAACUGUUUUGUGAUUUGACAUUUCGCAUUAAUGAGUGGAAAUAUUCUGAGUGCUCUGGUCGGGCAGCAGCUGGGAGGUGUGCUGUCUCCGUGUCUUUCUGUGUUCCCGGCCCUUUCUACCCCCAGCAGCCACCCACCCCAUCCUGCUCACUCUAGCCGGAUGCUGGAGAAGUGCCCGUUUACCCGAGAGCCGUGUGACGCCCCUCCGGGCUUCCCUGGGCAGCUCCUCUGUCUAACCCAUAGUCGUAGGAACAAGGCUGCAGAGAGAGCAGGUUGCUCUAAGGCGUGUACACGUGAAAAUUAGCCACUCAGGCAAGUGACACAUGACUAGGACAGACAGUGUGAUAGUGAAUUUUACAGGAGACAGGUCAGUUGAGGGACUUGAACGAGGUGUUGACAAAAGGGUCAGACUCAAGCGGGGGGGGGGCGGUCUUCAUGUUGCCUGGCGGGCACAUCCCCUUGGCUUCCCGGUCUCUCUGUUAGGCCUCACCUCAGCCACCCCGAAGCUGUGUCAGAUGGUCAUCCUACAGUCCCCAGGUCACACAGAGCUUGCGCCUUUGGUGACUUGCCGCCCUGCAUUAUGCUGUUUACUUCUCUGCCUCACUGUUAGAUUGUGUGCCCCUGUGGGCAGGGCUGUCUCGCUCCCCUCGGUGUCCUCAGGCAACCCCUGCCAUGUUUAUCGAACGAAGGGACAACAGAAAGGAAACCCAGCGUGAAACAAUCCACAAAACGCCUGCUGAAAAGGUGGCGGAGGAGGCCACAGACUUGGUUCUGAACUUCCCGACGCCAAAGCGAGCCUGGUCAGGUGUGGUGAGCCCCAGUGUCCAGAAGGCAGAGGCCAACCAGCCGGGUCUCAAGUGUUUCUCGUUCGUCUUUACACGUCGCUGCACUCUGAAACACCUAGAACUGUAUGUUGCUUUCCUAAAUAAAACCUUUUGUGGAACAA